AACAUUGAAACAACUGGUUUUCGCGGUUAUUUUGUAAAACUGGCUUUGGCCAGGAUGUGGGUAUAAUGGACUCCCAAAGACCCGUUAAAACAGAAAUUAACGUCCCAACUGGUCAUAUAGUGAUCAGUGGAAGAUGGCGAACUACAGAACUGACAGACGCUCUACUAAGCUCAGUGCGAGUUCAUUAUGAUGAUAAUCUCGGUGUGGUGGACUUCCACACUUCCAGUCACACAGGUGUCAUUUAUGUUUCUGAGAGCGACAUGGUUACGGCUAGUGGAUACAGACGCAAGCUGGUCAUGCUGCGAAAAGCCAACUCUGUUCGUGGUGUGAUCAUUGCAGAAAAGACCACAAUGUCAUCUCAGUAUUAUUCAGAUCUGCAGAGAUUUUGUGUCCUUGAGAUCGGAUUUGUCCUUCUUCCUGUGACCAACCAAACUGAGGCUGCUGGACUUCUGGCUCAAAUGGUUCACUGUGAAGGAAAACAGGAGAGCAACCCAUUCCUGAGGCGACGUCUACUUCAGCAGGUUGAUCCAGCUCUUGUGAUGUCUCUACAGAAGGUUCCUAAACUGGGUCAGGUCAAGGCCUUGCAGCUUCUUGAAGCAUUCCACAGUUUACGUGGAAUUUGUGAAGCAUCCACCGAAUCUUUUGAUUCUGCUGUAGACUCUCUGACUGGUAUAUAUACUCAUGGAAAAAAGUUCCUGUGCAUCAUUAAAAUUUCAGCUUUAUCCAAGAUUGUGGGUGCAGCAUGUGCUAGGAACGUAAAACAGUUCUUUGACAACACAUGAUUAUAUACAGUGACAGGAUCAGAUCUCUUCCACAUUCCCGUCCAUGGAUCUUCAAAAAUGAUGAGGGACCUGUUUGGUGUAACCAUUGAUCCGAUGCUGCAUUUGCAUCCACUUCCUAGCUGCACAUUUAGCAAGUCUCAGUGUUUUUACAAAUCCCAGAUUUUAGGUUGUAAUCCUAAAACAAAAUCCCAAAAUUCUUGCCUGAGUCUCCCAACCACUAGUGGUGGUCAUUAGUGCUUAUGGGCAACUGGCUUUGUGAACACUAGGAUGAGGAAGUUAUAGGAGUGUAGUGUUCAGACAAGUGUCCUCUAAGGAAGUUGUAGUAGACACAUGUAAUAAUUGAACAUGUGAAAGGACAGGACAUUCCAUCUAUUAAUUGUAUUAAAUGAGGGAUUUAAUGGUAUAGAUAAAGCUGCAGUCAUCUAUUAAUGGGAUUGACAGGACUAUAGUCCAGGCAAAAUAGUGAAAGACCCAUCACAAAUUGCAAAAGUUAUAAUUUCAACUGUAUUCAACUCUGUAUGUAGUUAAAAUAAUAUAUAAAAAAUAUAUCCAAUACCAGUAUUUUUAUUAUGUCCAAUACCAGACUGGGGUUUUUUUGUUGUCUGUUUGAUACAUACAAGAAAAGUUAUAUUUUAUUUCAGCAAUAAAAACAUUUAUUUUUAUUUUAUUGUGUCGGCAAUUUCCGCCUGGGGAAAAAAACACGUGACCAGAAUGGUCGUUCUGUCUUUUGUGCCCAUUCACUGUCUGAAAUAAUUUUAAAAUAAUUUUAAAAUAAAAUAAAAACAGGAUUUGCUGGUUUGAAGGUAAACAUUUAAUUGUUUUCAGCCCGUUACCCCACAUAUUUUGACUUGAUUUGUGUUGAUUAAAUUGAUGCUAAAAAUGUAAGCGCUGUAAAAAAAAUCAAUUAAAACAUUUGGAGGAAGCUGAACAUGUUGUAUGCAUAUCCUGCAAAUAUAUGUAUAUGUUUUAAAAAUCUCGGAACGGUGAAGCGUUGUCGGUUAUUUACAAGACGACUUCUCAUUGGAUGUAAAUAAAAGCAGCGGGGAUUACAGAAAAUGCGUUAGCAAUGAACUGCAGUGUUUACCAAGAGUAACAUAUUGCUAUCAGACAGCAAUGAAAGCAUCACAUGCGUAACUUCAUAUCUUAUUGCUAUCACACAGCAAUGAAAGCAUCACACGCGUAACUUCGGGUUCUGGCAUUAAACAGUAUUGUAAACAUUCUUCAGCCAUUGACCAUCGGUAAACCGUUAUCAUUUUGUUAACCUAUUAUGACCAUUUUAUAGCCCGUAGCCUUAUUCGAUAGGAUAGAAUGUUUUAUUUUACAGAACAGAACUGUAUUUAAAUUUACAGGGACAAUUGUGUUGGUUUUUGUGUUUAGGUUGUAGUUUUCUUUAAGUCUUAAUUUCCUUAAAACAAAUCAAAAUUCCCACUAUCGUUAAUUGUGGAAGUUUAGUGGACAUUGCAUUCGCUAGCUGCAAACGCAAGUAUAAUACAAGUUUGCAAUUUAUAGGGAAUCGUGCCUGACAACUUUAGGAAAAUUAUAGGUAUGCUAGGUGUCACGUGAACAGUACAUGCUGGUACAUAUUUUAGUGUUCUUUCUGUUUAAUAUUCUGACAAUAUCGUCCGAAAGUAGAUAACUUUGAAAAUGUUUCAAGCGGGAACACCCCUGCAGCACCAACUGCAAGAGGGGGAUACCCUUACACACACACCCUUUUCGCCGACCCAAUGUCGGAUUCCUUACGACGCCUCUGUUAAUUACACAUAUGGGGAAACAUGAACGACAAUGUUUUACAUGUCAGUAUAGGACAGGGUUUACACGACACUAUUAAAUAAUAAAUAGUAUAAAUAUAUAAUACAAUAAUACAAUACCUCCAGUGGUGUGGUAUAUAUUGAUAUAGACUGACACAGAUAUGGUCUUCUUAAUUUAUCAUUAAUUAUUUUAAUUAAUUUACCGACACCUAUUUUAUUACUGGUCAAUAGUUCUUUAAAUUUCAGGGUAUUGGAAUUGAGAUAAAAGUAUCGUUUUAGGCAAUAUUUUCGGGAUUCCUUAAAGAAGGCACAAGAGAAUAAUAUCAUUAAGUCACAUAGUGUGCAUCGUCCUAUUUCAAUUGGGAGGUAGUGAUUCAAUGCUCUAAAUUUAAGUAGGCUGAUCUACAGUUUUUCAGGCAUUAUGGUGAGGUAUUGUUCUAGUGUUAGGUUAUCUUUAAAACGUGUACGUUUACCCUCUAGACGAAGUUGCAAUAUUACUGUUCCACGUUUGAAGAUACUGGCCAUGCUGACUUAAUUUGAUCUGUUCAAGAUUUUUUUUAAAAAGAAUCUUUUGGGUAUCCAUAUAUCUGUCAUACCUGUUAAAUAGUUGUUUAAUAUGUCGGAUCCAAGUAUAACUUUUCAUUUAGGGAAGAGUCGUGUAACAUAAAUUCAUGUAAUAAAAACAUUAGUUUUGUUUGUUUGCCAGAUACAAUUCUAGUCCAGAAACUAAUCAUUCUUUGUUGAAUAAUUAAUUUAAGUGUUCUACGUCCUAGUUCACCAUAUAACAUGAAUAUCUGUGCGUUUUUUAACAGGGAUAUUGUACGUACUGUCUCUUUAUGUUGGUCUACUUUACGUACUGUCUUUGUAAUGUUGUUCUAC